AUGGCACCUGCUGCCAGGGACUUUACUAGCCGACAUGAACCUCUCCCAUCUCAGAGACCUGACAACACUGCUUUCACCCAACAGAGGCUUCCUGCCUGGCAGCCACUCUUGUCUGCUAGUAUUAUCUUGCCACUGUUCUUCUUUGUAGGGCUAUCUUUUAUAGGGAUUGGCAUUGGAUUAUAUUAUUCAUCCAACAACAUCACCGAGUAUGAGGGUCCAGUGUUUAUGUACUAUGAGCUAUCAAAUUACUAUCAGAAUCACUAUCGCUACAUGAUAUCUAGAGACGAUGCUCAGUUAAGUGGAUCCCUUAAUCAUCUAAAGAAUCCGUCUAAUGAUUGUUUCCCAUAUCGAGUGAACUCUGAGCAAAAGCCAAUUGCUCCAUGUGGCGCUAUUGCGAACAGCAUGUUUAAUGAUUCUAUUACCUUGUAUUACUUCAACAGUAGUGGAACAUAUGAGGAAGUUCCAUUAAAUGGAAAAGGAAUUGCAUGGUGGACAGAUUACAACAUUAAAUUCCGGAAUCCAGUUGAUGGCAAUCAAAACCUAUCUUAUAUAUUUCAAGGGACAGCACCGCCUAUAAAUUGGUCAAAGUCCGUGUACAACCUGUCCAAUGACACUUAUAAUAAUGGCUUCAUAAAUGAGGACUUUAUCGUAUGGAUGAGAACAGCAGCAUUGCCUACAUUUCGGAAAUUAUACCGGAGAAUUGAUAGUGGAAAUUUUUCAGCUGGUUUACCUAUGGGACAGUACAAACUUGUGAUUGAGUACAAUUAUCCAAUAAUAGGUUUUGGAGGAAGAAAGAAAAUUGUCUUCAGCACUGUAUCUUGGAUGGGAGGGAAAAACCCGUUUCUGGGCAUAGCAUAUCUUGUAUUUGGUUCCUUAUGUACAUUCUUUGCGAUCGUAAUGCUUGUUGUGUUCAUAAAGUAUCAGGGUAAGAAUGAUGAUGAUAUCUCUAACGCAACAUAA